UCUUCUGUCCACCUACCUGCUGAGGCUUAGUAAGGUCGAGAUCACUUUCGGGAUAGAUCUUGUCCAGGCUGACGGCACUCCUAAAGCACCACAACCAUGCUGUGUUGUGGAGGGAGCGGCAUGGUGCCACGGUUCGCCCCAGAGAACGUAAAAUGUUGGGGCGUGAGAGCAACAUGCCGGUGGCAGAAGUGUUGUGUUGUGAGUCGUGCCGUGUGCCGCUGUUGUGAGCCGCGUACCGCGCCCUGCCACCACGGGAUGAUGCAACACCUCGUUAGGACCAAUAUUCGACACUGGGGGAAACUUUCUAGCUGUAAAGGUUUCAAGAUCGAGCUCGGGAGGCAAAUCUCCACCAGUCUUUCGAGAUGUGCAGGUGUCCCUAUGACAUAUACCCUGCACUCUCCCCCAGACCCCACCAGCAGCCAGUCACCCCUCAUCAUCAUGCAUGGCCUUAUGGGGUCCAAGACGAACUGGAAGUCACUGGGCAAAGCCAUCGCCACCAGGACAGGCAUGGAGGUGUACACUGUUGAUGCACGUAACCAUGGUGAUUCCCCACACACUGAGGCUCACAGCUACCCCCUCCUGGCAGAAGACAUCCUCCUCUUCAUGCAACAGCACAGAAUUCCGACUGCAACACUCAUGGGGCACAGCAUGGGUGGCCGUGCUGUUAUGGCCACAGCACUGAUGGAGCCAUCAGUGGUGGACAGGCUGGUGGUGUUGGACAUGUCACCAGUUGGCACCUCCAAGAGUAUAUCCAGGCUGCCUCGCUUCCUGGAGAUCAUGCUGAGGGUUGCCAUACCCCCAGAUCUGUCCCCACCACAGGCCAAGACAUAUGUGGAUGACCUGUUUAAGCCUGCCAUACCUGAGGCCAGCAUCAGGCAAUUUCUUCUCACCAACCUCAUCCAAACACCAGAGGGAGAAUACACAUGGAAGGUCAAUGUGAAGGGAAUAGCUAAGAACUUCAAUCCACAUAUUUCCACAUUCCCAGCUGCUGCCCUGCCUCACCAUUCGUUUGAGGGGGAUACUGUCUUCAUUGCAGGGGCACUCUCAGACUACUUGAGACCCAGGGAUGAGGAGGCAGUUGAAGAAAUCUUCCCACAGGCUUCCUUCCACUAUCUUGAAGGAGCAGGCCACUGGCUACAUGCUGACCAGCCUACAGCAUUCCUCAACCUGCUCACUCUGCUCCUCCUCCCCUGAUGAAGCCUCCAUGCACUGAGAAUACUGUAUAGGUAGUCUGGGAGGAUAGGCUGGGGAAAUAUUGUGUUUAUAUCUGUAUGUCUACAGUUUUAUUUAUAUUUUUUACUAUUUAUCUAUUUUUAGAUAUGUGUUUGCUUAUUUAUAGUACUUUAUACUCUCUCUCUCUCUCUCUCUCUCUCUCUCUCUCUCUCUCUCUCUCUCUCUCUCUCUCUCUCUCUCUCUCUCUCUCUCUCUCUCUCUCUCUCUCUCUCUCUCUCUCUCUCUCAUUAUUAUUGUUAUUAUUAUUAUUAUUAUUAUUAUUAUUAUUAUUAUUAUUAUUAUUAUUUUUAUUAUUAUUAUUAAUAUUAUUAUUAUUACUGUUGUUAUUAUUAUUAGUAGUAUUGGUAUUAUUAUUUUUGUUGUUGAUGGUGGUGUUUUUAUUAUUUCAUUACAUUUAUGUAUUUUCUAUAUAUUUAUUUAUUUAUUUUUAUGUUGUAUCUUUUUUAUGAAGACACCUUGGUGUAGUGGCUAGCACACUUUGCUCACACCGUAGAGGAUCUGGCUUCAAAUCUCAGCUGGGUGGAAACAAAUUGUGUUUGUGUUCUUAUACAAUGUAACUUUGGUUCAGUUAUCAGUGAACGAGUGUGGGAUGUAAGCCCAGGAGCCCACCUUGCAGCACACCAGCAGGAGCAUUGGGCUAGUGGUUCUGUCCUCUUAGGUGUGUGUGUGUGUGUGUGUGUGUGUGUGUGUGUGUGUGUGUGUGUGUGUGUGUGUGUGUGUGUGUGUGUGUGUGUGUGUGUGUGUUUGAUGGGGCUAUGGUCCAACAAAGAUCUUUCAAGAGAGAGGUUUCAAGACACUUAUCCUCCAAUUUUGAUAAUCCUUUUGAUCUUUCUUUUAGGACUGACACUUUAAUGGGCCUUUUUUUUUUCUUUUUUUUUUCUUUUAGCCCUUGGCCGUUGCCCCUCUUACAUAAAAGAAAAAAAAGUAACAAAUUUACCCAUGUGUGUGUGUGUGUGCUACAAGACACCAAGUAUUGUCUGUGUCAUGCUUCAAGUAGUAAACAGGCAAAGGUAUGGAGAGAAAUAUUAUUGUCAUCUUGUUAUCCUCCUAUGUAGUAUUUUUAUUCCACCACAAAGACUACCUAAGCGUGCGAUGUCUUAUCUUGGCUACCUAAGAAGGAUCUCAGCCCAAAGAUAGAUACUGUGUUAUUUAUGUAGUAUUUAUUCAUGUACUUGUUCAUUUUCAGUAUAAUAUACUCAGGACAACAGCAGACUUUCUGUACAUCAUUUCACACCAUUCAUGCACACAUCUCUAGCAGUGGCCAGAAUAACAGAAAAAAAUUGAAGAUAAAAUAGAAAAUAAAAGAAAAUGGACAGAAUUUAUUACAAACAUAAGUAGAAAAUAUGAAAGAUUUUGCAUGCAGGUGAAAACUGGUCCUGUGGAUGAAGUGUUUGGUAAAUGCAUGUUUUUAUCUGGCUUUAAUUAGUGUUACUUAGGUAAAAGAAAUUUUUUAUAAAUCUUUCUUGAUCUACAUAAUUAAAAAAGUGAUAUGGUUAUUCAUUUGUCAAUUUAUCAGUUUAUGUAUUCAUUUAUGCACUUGGGUAGGUGUGAAAAUGAUGUGUAGGUAAGACUGAAAUCUGUACAUGUGAUUAUUUUAAAAUGCUCAACUGUAAAUAUAGACUUUGAGAUAA